AUGGCAUCCACUACGUUCCCAAGCAUCAAUGUGCAGGCCACGCAAGCCAUGCAGCCAACCCAAAUUGGCCCCAAGUCACCGAUCGGCUGGUGGGAGAUUCCGCGCUACAGCACCUGGGAUCUCGGCAACAAGUACGCUUGCAGCCAGAGUACGCUGGUCGGCCGCCGUAGUCAAGAGACUCCCGAGAAGCCAUCAGCUGUGCCCUCGGCACUGCCGACCGUGUACCCGCGCCAGAGCACUGACGCUGAGUCGCGCGUCUCCUUCAGCAACAGCGUCAACGAGUUGCCGCGCAUGUCUAUUGUGAACGAUUUUGGAAUGGGCCUGGAUGCCGACAUGGGCCGCGCGCACCGACUCCCAACGCUCCUCCACAAUCCGGACCUUAUCGCCAAGUACCACGCCGCAGCCAAGAUGACUGAAGACAAGGACGUGCAGUACGAAUUCGCAAGGCAGCUUCUUCUGUGCGGGUCGCCUGACCUGGCAGACCUGGCAGCGGAACUCAAGGAUAUGCGCGCCGAGAGCCGCCUUGUCAUGGAAGGCGUUUAUUGGAUGCUGCGCUUGGCCAGCAAAAACAAACAUGUAGACGCCAGCUUUAUGGUCGCUCGCUGGUAUGAGCUCGGCAAGUACGGGUGCCCGGUCAAUAAGAAAAAGGCACAAAAGUACUACCUGGUAGCAGUCAGGGCUGGCCACAAGGCUGCCGGCUACCAUCUUGGCUGCAUGUACGAGGCGCAAAAGAAAGUGCGUAAGGCGCGCGAGUGCUUCGAGACGUCUUCCAAGAAGGGCUUUUCCUUGGCCACAUAUCGGCUCGGCAUGGCGUAUCUGAGCGGGACACUAGGUGUGACCGCUGAUUUUAGCAUGGCAUGCUCGUUUUUGAGAGAGUCUCUGUUCCAUGCUACCCAUCCGGUCGCCGAUGCUGGGUAUCACCUGGCCGUUGCCUUGAUCCAGCUGCCCUCGUUUGAUAGACACAUGGUGUCUGAGCCCCAUCUGUACUUGAAGCGUGCGUGGUUGCUGGGCCACUGCGACGCAGGUGCGCUGCUUCGUGAUAUCCUAAAGUAA